GUGUGACGUCACCGGGGCGGACACUCAGGUGAGAGCAGACGGUCGCUGCAGGUAGAAACGUCGAAACUAGUGGACUUUGGCUGUUUAUUCGACACAAGGGAGAUUUUUUUUGUCCCUUUUCCGCUGUUUUACAGGAGUAUUAUCACAGAGAAACACCGUCUGGUAACAAAGGUGGAGCAGAAAACCGACAUGUUUACCAGCAGCAGCUUCGUUUCGGUGCUGUUGUUCUCCUACGCAGCAACAGGUGUCAGCGGCUUUACAGUCACUACACAAACAGAUGUACGUGUGAAAGAGAAUGAAGGGACUGACCUCACAUGCCAAUAUUCAGCAGACUUCGGUUCCAAUGCCAGACUUGAAUGGAAAUUUAAAGAUACAAAAGGCUCACAGGUGUAUGUGGUUUAUGAUGGGAAACUAACACAGCCGUACGCCAGCCGCGUGACACUGUUCAGCGGCAGUAAUCUGAGAUUUUCCAAGGUGACUCGUAAGGACAAUGGAGAGUACAGCUGUGAGGUGUCUAAUGCCAAUAAUCAGUUUGGGGAAAGCACAGUGAGGCUGACUGUUCUGGUGCCUCCAUCGCCGCCCUUGUGUCGGAUCCCCACAACAAUUACGACAGGCAAGACGGCCGUCCUGUCCUGCUACGAUGCCGACGGUUCGCCUCCUCCCACAUACCAGUGGUACAAAGAUGGCACCCUUCUGCCCACUGAUCCCACCUCACUUGCUGCCUUCAGAAAUUUCACCUACAAAAUGAAUGCAGCAAGUGGCAAACUGGAGUUUCCUCGUGCAUCCAAGAUGGACUCGGGUCAGUACUUCUGUGAGGCUGUCAACAACGCUGGUCCUGCUCAACGCUGCAAAGCUGUGAAAAUGGAAGUUCGUGACCUGAACACUGGAGGAAUUGUUGCUGGCGUAAUAGUGGCUCUGCUGCUUGUGGCCCUACUGGUAUUUGGCAUUUGGUAUGCCAACAAGAAAGGAUAUCUGCCCAAGAAGAGUGAAAGCAAACCAAGGCCUAACGUGGUCUACCAGCCUCCAUCAUCAUAUGGUGGUGGUGAUGAGGAGGAGGAUGGGGAUUUCAAACAGAAGUCAUCGUUUGUGGUAUAGUCUGCCGGCAGCAGUCGCUACAGACAACAUUUUGGUUUCUCUGUGUGUGAUUUUUCUUGAAGAUUUUAGGUUUCAAAGUUGCAGUUUUUGUAGAAUGUGAUUGACCUGACCUGUCCACUGUGGCGUCGCAGACGUGUCAGCAGAUGAGAUUUAUAGGGAAUCAUUUACUACGGAUCGGUAAUGACAUCUCUUUUGUAUAUUGAUAGUUUUUUUAUUAAUGGAAUGAUUUGUGACUAAUUGACCCAUUUUAGCCUCAAACAUUUUUUCACUUAAGAUCGAAUUGAGUGUUUCUGUGUGCUUUUCAUUUUAGUCUUCUAACAGAACUAUAAAUGGUGCAUCCAUGUAUGAACUUAUCAGAAACCCCCAGUACUGGUAAAUGAAAAAAAAAUCUUGACAUAUAAAUCCAUUUAGCACUGCACAAGCUUCGCGGACACAAUUUUCUGUGCUUUUAUUACAUUUACUGACCCAACACCUUAAUUUCCGCCAGUGCACCUUUCUUAUCAUAUCUAUCACAGCUCAGUGUUGAGAGAGGUGUUUCAUUUUUGCCUUUUUUACACAAAACUCUAGAUCUCUUGUACAAGAUUCUUUUUCUAUUAGAGUUUUUUUUUUAGUUUUUCUUUCUGUAAAUAACAGAUGUGUUUUUAUAUUUGUGAUUUAGAUCAGCUCAUCAGUGAAGAGUAGUGGUCCCUGAGCCUCCUAACAUUAACUAGAAAGUUUACUUUAUUUGUAGCAUUUGUGUUUUAGGUGCUUUAGCGUAUCUGGUAUUAUUGCAUCCACAGUUUAUCUGCUACUUUUGUCUGAGACAUAAACCUGUUGAGACAAACACGUCAGCUGUGAUACAAUACACGUAAAUGAAUUGGAAAGUUUUUAAAUGAUUGCUUUUUUGUUUGAGGCACUGUGUGUAGCCUUAUUAUGAUAAUUAACUAAAGUGUUCUGACAUGAAAGUCCCUUGCCUACCUCUGGACGCUAAAAUAACAUUAAUUUUGUUUCAUUUGUUAUCCUCGACAUCCACAAAUACUCAGGUCAUGUACUUAGUGGAUUGAGAAUACAUAUUAACUUUGCAUAAACUAUCAGAUUAAAUAUUUAAAUUGGAAGGAACAUGUUUUCUACAUUAUUUUUUUCUUUUUAGAAAUUUUAAAGCUGACGAUUGUAACUUUGCUGUGUAAAUAAAAUUUUAAAAAAGAUUAAA